CACACUUACACACCAUAACGUGACUAUGGCAGAGUGUCCAGAAAACUCAGCAGAGAACGGAGAGAAAGAAGCCGCCGCGGCUCCAGGAAUACCGGCCGGACUUGUGCUGGGCCAGUCCAAGUCCAAAUCAGAGAGUUUUCAGGAGUUCGGGGACCUGGACCCCGAGACAGUAGGGGGCGGCCGACAAGAACGGAGUGUUUCUAGUGUGCAGAAGCUGUAGGUGCAAGGUGUUGAAACCAGGCUACGGAAAACUAGUGGACAAAGAGAUAUUCCUCCCGAGCAUGACUGACAAGUACAACAUUGGCUCGGAGCCGACAGGAGACACAAUCACGCGUUUCUGGCUGGUGAGCGACAUGUUUCACUUUGAGAACCUGGGUUUCUCCAAGACUGUGGAUGGGAAGGUCAAGUACCUCAUCUGUGCCGACUGCGAGAGGGGUCCCAUUGGGUGGCACAGCCUGGACAACAGGACCGAGUACCUUAUAGCUGCAGAGAGAGUACAGUAUUGUUCCUCCUAGAUUUUCUUGGCUUUGUACAUAAU